UGAAAGACCUCGGACACUGACGGGUUGGCCGGUGAUCUGGUGAAUUGUGGUGUUAAAUGAUCGGAACGGAUUUGUGAUCCAGAUCUUUUGUAUUGGCAAUUGUGGUGUCCAAUAGUGUUGAGCAUUUUGAUUCUAUUGGGAAGCUCUGUUUUUUUUUGGGAAGAAUUGAAACGCAGAUUUUUGCUUCUGUCCCCAUGUUUGCCAUCCGUGGAAUUUUUUUACACUUUUCAGUCGUCAAAACAUUUUCCGAGAAUUCACACGUGUUUCAUUUGCAUGGCGUUUUUGGCUUAAGAUUCCUCAUUCUGCCAUUUGAGAUCAUCGCCUGAAGAAGUUCCUAAACUUCUUGGAAGACGCUCUGACGCCUUUUGGAGCUUGGCUACAAACUUUAGCGAACUGUGCCAAAGUUUCUUCUCGAAAAGUUCGUCCCCUCAGUAGGGGUCUAGCUCUCGGACCCUGAAGUCAACCAAUCCAAAAAUCACAAUUCCCCGGAAAAAAGUGCGUUAAAUGUGAUUUGAUGUGUAUAGUUUGAGGUUUUUUUCUUUUUUGGGGGGAAAAAGAGUGGAGUUUUAUGAGUGUAUUAAUAGCAAAUAUACACUUCGCGUCAAGGUGAUAAGCUACUUGUGUUUCCAAUAGAGUACAUAUAAGUAGUAUCUAUUUUUUCCAUAUUUAUUUACUCUUUUUUUUUACCCACUGAUACAUACACUUUUGUCAAAGAGAUAACAACGCAAGUGAAGAAGCUCACCAGUUCCUUCGACACCGUAUCACCCAGCAAAAUGAACAGUAUUUCAGUUUAUUGCGAACCGUGAUUGACUUUUGUGUUGCCCCCGGGUGUACUAUACCUAUAGUGAAUAGCCUAGGUAUUCUAUGAAGUUCACUUAUUAAGGAUUAUCAGUGAGAGCGAGGCUAAGAGGUCCUCCCUUUGAUCAAAUGUCAGUGUGUGUGACAUCAUCAGCAAAUGGGGGCACUAUGGCAUUGCCCCAUUUGCCCCUGGUAUCCUCAAUGAUGGGCCAAACUCAUCAUCCCAUGGGCCCGAGCAAUCUCGGCACUAGCACCCUCGUGGAUCAACAGACAGCCCUAACAUCAACUGAUCAUCCCAAUCCCGAUAUGCUCCUAGCUCUCAUUGCACGCAACAAAGCCCUCGAAGCAACCAUCCCAAAGUGCGGAGGAUGCCAGGAGUUGAUUCUGGAUCGAUUCAUCCUGAAGGUGUCAGAUAGAACGUGGCACGCCAAGUGCUUACAGUGCAGUGAGUGCCAUGCGCAAUUAAAUGAGAGGUGCUUCGCGAAGAAUGGACAACUCUUCUGUAAGGAUGACUUCUUCAAACGCUACGGCACCAAGUGCUCCUCCUGUGAUCUCGGUAUCCCGCCCACGCAAGUUGUCCGGCGGGUUCAUUCCAACGUUUACCAUAUGCAGUGCUUCGCGUGCGUGAUCUGUGCCCGUCAGCUCAACACCGGCGAUGAAUUCUACCUGAUGGAGGAUAGGAAACUCCUCUGCAAGCCAGAUUAUGAAGCUGCCAAGACAAAGGGGGUCUAUAUUGAUGGGUCUCUGGAUGGGGAUCAGCCCAAUAAGAGACCUAGGACAACCAUAACGGCCAAGCAAUUGGAGACACUCAAGAGCGCCUACAACAACAGCCCUAAACCGGCUCGGCAUGUCAGGGAGCAACUAUCUCAAGAUACGGGUCUGGAUAUGAGGGUCGUACAAGUCUGGUUUCAAAACAGACGAGCGAAAGAGAAACGUUUGAAAAAGGACGCAGGAAGGACGAGAUGGAGUCAGUAUUUUAGAUCGAUAAAAGGUGGUGGAUCUCCUAGGCAUGACAAACUCCUGGAUAAGGAUGAGCUCAAGGUGGAUCUGGACAGUUUUAGCCAUCAUGUUUUUUUUAUGCUUCUAGAUUUAAGCAAUGAUAGCUACAGUACUGUCAAUAUGGGACUUGAGGAUGGGGCUUCACCACACAGCGGUAGGGGAUCUUACGUACACGGUAGUGGGAGUCCUCCACCUUAUCUUUCAAGCCACUCACCUCCGCCCAUGGGACCAGGACACACAUAUGCUCCUUACUCUGACAAUAUCGUCUAUACUCCACUAGGUCAACCAGUUAGUGGAUUACUGCACAAUUCCCACCAUGGACUCCAGGGCAGUGCCGUGUCCGACCUCAGCAAUGACUCUAGUCCAGCCCACGCGUACCCCGAUUUCCCACCCAGUCCCGACUCAUGGCUAGGUGACUCCACCAGUAAUGCUCCAGCCAUCAACAGCACCUCACACUACUGAUAUUCGAGGCACAGUGUCCACAGCAUUCUAGCUGAUAAAUGAUGCUGGCAUACGUAAAGUCCAGUCCUAGACGAGACUGGCUCAGGAACCUCGGUGAAUUCUCGUGACAGACACUGAAACCUAAUUUAUGAGAUAGAUACAAAAAAUUUAAAGUGUACAUUUAAAGUGAAGAUUUCAUUGGAUACGAGGUCCAAACAUUUCAAUCUUCAUCCUUUGUAGAAGGAGAACCUAUUUCUCAGAGAAGUAGGUUGAAAAAAAAACACAUAAAGAGAUUUUUUUCCAAAUGAUCAACAUUUAAUCUUACCAAUUUAACAAAUUUUACCAAAAUAAUUUUAUUAGAAUUCGAAUCUAGUCUUUAAAUUAAGUGAAGGAUGAACAGAUGGUAAACUCCAAGUAAAACUGUACAAUAGAAAAAAAAGAAAUAAACAAAGAAGUGAGAUAAAACCUAAUGGAAAUUCACGAUAUAAUCAA